UCUCUCUCUAAAACAUGAGAAGAGUAUGAGAGAGAAAGUUGCGUGCCUUUCCAUUUUUCCUCUCGAUUCCUUCGCCUUUGCUUUCGAUCCUUUGCUAGAGAACCUUAUUCCUUUCUCUAUUUUGUUUAUCCCUUUCUUUUCUUCCAUUUUCACUCCCUACCUAACCGCCUGGUACGAACACAAUCCCUCCACUCCCUCUUUAAUUUCAGUUUUCGCUUCUUUUUCGGAUUUUUAGAUGCACUUUGGUUUUGCGAACUAGUUCGUUGGCUUAAUUACUCCGAUUUUGAGCUGUUUAAAUUCCAGGUUCUGUUGGAAUAUCAGAAAUGGCAAAAGGUAGCAGGGGAAGACACAGGAUUGCUUCUCGUCAAUACAGAGUGAAUCCAUACCCACUGGUUCCCUGCAAAAGGGACAUUUGUGAGGACAUGUGCCAAAAGAAAUGUUCCAAGGCUUUGGAAAAGAAAGAGUUAGAGGACGUAACAUGUUCUGUGUGCAUGGAAUAUCCACACAAUGCUGUUCUUCUUCUUUGUUCUUCUCAUGACAAGGGUUGCCGUCCCUAUAUGUGUGGAACUAGCUUUCGUCAUUCCAACUGCCUUGAUCAGUAUAAGAAAGCUUACACUAAAGUAAUUUCAUCUAAUAUGCAACCUAUGCAAGGCACACCAGGUGUGCUACAGGAUCCAAACUUGCUUCCUGAGAAAUGUGAAGCUACCGAGCUUGCAUGUCCUCUAUGCAGGGGUCAGGUGAAAGGUUGGACUGUUGUGGAACCUGCCCGGGACUACCUGAAUGCAAAGAAAAGAGGCUGCAUGCAGGAUGACUGCUCAUUUGUUGGGAACUAUAAGGAGUUGAAGAAGCAUGUGCGGGCAGAGCAUCCCUCGGCACGCCCACGGAUGGUGGAUCCUGCCCAUGAACAGAAAUGGAGAUGGCUUGAGUGGGAGCGUGAAAGGGAAGAUGUUAUCAGCACAGUAACAUCAACAAUGCCUGGGGCAGUUGUUUUUGGAGAUUAUGUUAUAGAAGGUCACCAUAAUGACUUUGAUACAGAUGAAGAGGAAGGUGCAGGCAAUGCAGAAAGAAAUGGAAGAUUUCAGAUGGGUAUAGAGGCAAUGAAUCUCUUCCUCCUGUUUCAUGCAGUUCGGCAAGGAAAUGAGCUUAACAGCAUUGGUAGACGGUUGAGGCCUGAGCUGACUCCCAACAGGGUAGCAGGUCAGAAUGUGGCUGGUGUGCUGGAUAUCUCGGAUGAAGACAAUGAUAAUGAUGGUAAUGAUGGUGGUGUAUCUUUGGUUAGCCGUCUCCACCGCCAUGGUGGUGGCAGAGUUUUAUUGGGUCGUUCUGGUAGGAGGCGUAGAUGUAGAGAAGCACGUGCAAGGAUCGGUGAUAGCUGAAGAUUGCACAUGAAACAGGAGGUUGGAAAAGGACAAGUUUCGUAGGCAUAUAUCAGAUUUUAGAAAAUUUAGCACCAUGUAGUGGUGGCUUAAUAACUUUUGAAGGGUUUUCUUCCCCGAAACAGGAAAAUCUAAAGAUGGGCAUUUUUAUUUUUUAAUCUUGUUGUAAUUUCGUUUACAUGUACAUUCCUACCUUCCUCCUAUUGCUUUUGCACAUUCCAAUGUGAAUUCACUCGUGUAAACAUUUGAUUUUAUGAAAUCUUUGACAAAAAGUUGAUUGUCA